GAAGCCGCCCGCGCCUUCCUCGCCGCCUUCACCCCCCUCACCCCGGCCGCCUUCCGCCCGCUGCUCUCCCCCACCUACCACCACUCCUUCGCCCCGCCCUCCGUCGCCAUCCACGCGCCCUUCACGCGCGACGCCUUCCUCGCCCACGUCGCCAGCAUGGCCCGCGUCAUGGCGUCCUUCCCCGUCACGGCCACCGAGAUCUUCGAGGACCCGGCCAGGAACGCCGUGGUGGCGUUCGCGACGAGCGAGGUGGUGUGGCGGGGGGAGGUGCUGGAGGCGUUCCGCGCGGAGGGGCUGGAGGAGGAGGGGUGGCGGUAUGAGGGGACGUAUGUGUUUGCGUUGGAGUUUGAUGCGCAGGGGUUGGUGGAGCGGGUGGUGGAGUUUGUGGAUAGUGAGGGGACGGGGAGGGCGAGGGGCUUGAUUGGGAGGGCGUUGGGGUUGGUGGGGGAAAAUGAG